AUCUGAACAUAGGCGAUCCACACCCCGAUGAGCAUGAGUCAAGGUCUAGCGGUGGUGAAGAAGCAGAGUAUUUGGAACAGCCAUUGACAACGGAACGCAGAUCCUCUGUUUCUUCUGAUGAUCAUGAGUCAAGGUCUACCACUGGGGAAGAAGUAGAGGAUGUGGAACCCUCCUUGACAGGUGAACGAAGAGACUCCACAUCUUCUGAUGAGCGUGAGUCGAGGUCCACCACAGGUGAAGAAGGAGAAGAUCGGGAGACCUCCUUGACAGCUGAACGUAGAGACUCUGUGUCCUCGGAUGAGCAUGAGUCACGGUCUACCGCUGGUGAAGAAGUAGAGGAUUUGGAGCCCUCUUCGGGAGGUGACCAUAGACGUUCUGUGUCUCCUGAUGGACGUGAGUCAAGAUCAACCACUGGUGAAGAAGCAGAGGACCGGGAGCCCUCCUUGACAGCUGAGCGUAGACACUCCACAUCCUCAGAUGAACAUGAAUCAAGAUCUACCACUGGUGAAGAUGUAGAGGAUGUGGAACCCUCCUUGACAGCUGAACGAAGAGACUCCACGUCCUCCGAUGAGCAUGAUUCAAGGUCUACCACUGGUGAAGAAGUAGAGGAUAUGGAGCCUUCUUUGACAACUGAACAUAGACGUUCCACAUCCCCUGAUGGACGUGAAUCAAGGUCUACCACUGGUGAAGAAGCAGAUGAUGUAGAGCCUUCCUUGACAGCUGAACGAAGAGACUCCACAUCAUCAGAUGACCAAGGGUCUACCACAGGUGAAGAAGUUGAGGAUAUGGAGCCCUCUUUGGCAGUUGAAGACAAACACCAGGAGUCGUGUUCUAUGCCUCUUGAGAAGUCAGAGGGACAGGACUCUUCCUUUAUGUCUGAAAGUAGGCGUUCUGAGUCUUCUGAACGUGAGAAAUCUAGGUCUGAAUCUGUUGAAAAAAUAUCUGACAAAGAGUCUUCACGAAGAUCUAGAAGCAGACGCUCUCCUACUCGCCAAAUGAGUCGAUCCGUAUCUGUUGAAAAAGCAGCAGACAAAGAGUCCUCACGGAGGUCUAGACAUAGACGCUCCAGGUCUGCUGCUCGCCAGAAAAGUAGAUCCACUUCUGUUGAAAAAGCAGCAGACAAAGAGUCUGCACGGCGAUCUAGACGUAGACGCUCCAGAUCCACUGCUCGCCAAAUGAGUCGGUCAAUAUCUGUUGAAAAAACAGCAGACAAAGAGUCUUCACGGAGAUCUAGACGUAGACGCUCCAGGUCCACUGCUCGGCAAAGGAGUCUGUCCAAAUCUGUUGAAAAAGCAGCAGACAAAGAGUCUUCACGGAGAUCCAGAAGCAGACGCUCCAGGUCUUCCCAGCGCAGAUCCCAGAGAUAUGAUACAGAAUCUCGCUCUAGACGGAAUCGCUCCAGAUCUGUAACAAGGAGAAGAACAUCAAGAUCAAAAUCUAAUCGUCGCUCUAGAUCUAGCUCGUUGUCACGUUCAAGGCACAGAAGAAGGAGUAGGUCAAGGUCAGCAUCAAGAAGGCGGCGUUCUUUAUCUAGAGACAGACGCAAAAGAUCUCAGAGAAAUAGAUCAAGAUCUGCUGAUAGGAGGAGAAGAAGAUCAGAUUCAAGAGAUCGUAGGAUAUCCCUCAGAUUACGGAGCAGGAGUCGAACACCUAUUCGUCAAAGGCGAUCGAGGUCAAGAGGAAGAAGACGGAGUUCUAGUAGGUCACCAAUUCGACUGCGGCGAUCAAGGUCUUCAGGGAGAAGAAGGGGUUAUAGCAGAUCACCUGAUCGUCGUAGGUCCAGAUCAUCAGAAAGAUUUUCAAGCAGGUCACCUAAACGUCUUACGGACUUGGACAAGGCCCAGCUACUCGAAAUAGCCAAAGCUAAUGCAGCUGCCAUGUGUGCAAAGUCUGGUGUUCCUUUACCACCAAGCCUGAUGCUAUUAUCUCAAAAGAAGGAUGACAAAGCCAGUCAGAAGUCGUCAAGAGAUACACUAAAGGAGCUCACUGAGAAAUGCAAGAAGAUUGCUCAAAGCACAGAUGAUGUGAUAGUGAAUAAGCCUCAUGUUUCUGAUGAAGAGGAGGAAGAACGUCCUUUCUAUAAUCACCCCUUUAAGCUCAAUGAACCCAAACCUAUUUUUUCAACUCCCAGCAUAAAACCAGCACCACCACCACAACCAAAAAAUCAGGUCAGCCUGUCAAAGGAAUUUCCUGUUUCAUCUGGGUCUCAGCAUAGGAAAAAAGAAGCAGAUAGUGUCUAUGGAGAAUGGGUUCCAGUUGAAAAAGGCAAAGAAGAUAGCAAGGAUGAUGUUUUCCCCAAACCAUCCAUUGAGGGCGUGGACAUAACUACAGCCAUGAAUGAUCGAGCACUGGCUCAGAAAAGGCUUAAUGAAAACACGUUCGAUUUAGAGGCCAUGUGCAUGUUAAAUCGUGCACAGGAACAGAUUGAUGCCUGGGCUCAAUCAAACUCCAUACCUGGCCAGUUCACGGGAAGUACAGGAGCACAGAUACUGUCUUCGGAUGAGCUAACCAACAGUGGUCCCCAAGCAUGGAUUAGAAAGGAUCAGUUCUUAAGAGCAGCCCCUGUAACUGGAGGAAUGGGAGCUCAACUGAUGAGAAAAAUGGGCUGGAGAGAAGGAGAAGGGCUUGGAAAAAACAAAGAAGGCAGUGUCGAGCCUAUUAUGGUUGAUUUUAAGACCGAUCGAAAAGGGCUUGUUGCUGUGGGAGAGAAGGCACAAAAGAGAUCUGGACAUUACAUUGUGAUGAAGGAUCUUUCAGGUAAACAUCCAGUUUCUGCGUUGAUGGAGAUCUGUAACAAAAGAAGAUGGUCACCACCUGAAUUUGUGUUGGUGGAUGAUAGUGGGCCUGAUCAUCGCAAACACUUCAUCUUUAAGGUGAGAGUCAAUGGAAAUGAAUAUAGGCCUACUUUUGCCAGCCUUAAUAAGAAGCAUGCUAAAGCCACAGCAGCAACUGCGGCUCUCCAAGCGAUGGGACUUGUACCAAAGGAAAGCAUGGUUAAUACCACCUGUUUAGGAGUGCCUCACACCGCUAGAUAUUGUUUUUUAUAUUGACAUUAUUUCAGAUAAUUUUACUCUGCACAAAAAUGGUAUUUGCCCUGUCAUGUUGUAAUACAUUGGCAAUUCCCACGUUGUAAAAACUGUACAGACACCUUCAGGUUUUUCUUUUGUACCAUCAAAAUGUAUUUAAAUCAUACUAGUUUUUGGUAUGUUUAUAUUGUUUACAUUAGUGAUGUAAUUAUUUCUUAAAUGACUAAAUCAGACGACAGACUCCUGGAGGCAUCAGUAAUCUAAACCCUUGUUUUAAAACUCAUGCAAUUCUCUUCAAUAUGGAAUGUUAACACUUUCAUACUGUUUGUACUAUGCUGCAGUUUCCCUGGUCUCGGUAAAGCUACUCUCGCACUUUGCCUACAGCUGGUAAAAGGCCACGCAGCUUACCUUAGUCUAGUCAAGGUGGCGUGUACUGCUGGACAGAUACUGGGCCAGUACUGUUACCCCUGUGAGAAAGCAAGCAGUGGUAGCCCUGUUGUACAGUGUUAAUUAACACUGCGGCUUCUCUUGGAGUUUUGGUUGGGGGUUCAACUCAGUGGUGCACUGCAACUGGCCAUGCAGCCCAUACCUCUAGGACGCACGCGAUUAGGCAAAAGACUUGCUUAAAAAGGGAUGGCAGAAAGUCCAGCAAUGGAACCGAUGAGACUUUGCGAUUUAAAGUGACUCUCCCUGCAUGUUCUGAGAAGGGAGAUAAUGGAUGUUGUCUAUUCCAAACAAAUUAACACACUGCCUGAUGUUGAUUGUAUGGAUUUGUGGUUAAUGUGAAUUUUAAAGUCUAACAAAUCUACAACUGGAUUGGGGGGAGGGGGGGGAUAGAAUGAUGCUUAAAUUGUUGUACCCAACUUGGUCAAUAAAGCAGCACAAGUCAUAAUCUUAAUCACUGGUCAGUAAACAGUAAUUAAAAUCCAUGCCAAAAGAACUUUGUGAAGAAACGCACAGUAUAAAAUUACCCUUCAUGAGAGUAGCGACAGCUGUUAGGGUUGCGGAAUCUGUUUAGUCAUUUUCAGUUGCUUUAGACUAUUACCAAACUAAGUCCUUGGGCUGACAUUUUCCGUAAUGGUACUCUGCCCUCAAGGAGACAACCUGAUCCAGAGUUUUGGCAGUUUGAUAAGGGAAAGGAUAUAGAAGGCUUUUCCUUUUAUUUUUUCCCCUCUUAAUUAAGAAGUAUUAGUUCUUUAGCUAUCUGCACUUUUGAAUGGAAAGGGCAUUGUACAUGUUUUGCCGGAUUUGUCUGUGUUAUGAGCAGACUGCAAGGACUUAUGUAUGGAUUGUAGUGGUUCAGGUGCUUAUUUCCAAAAAGUCUUUGAGGUAUUUGUGUAUUACAUCUACUGACCAGAGCUUCAUCGGGGACAGGAACAAAAUAUAUUUGUAUGCAGUAAGACUGUGCUCAGGCCUAAAGUGAAUGACCUUUGCAAUGGCAGUAGGAUCUUGGAGGUGAAGAAUUACUAGUAGCUCUUCUUCCACAGAGUAAGUUAUUUGUGUGUAUUCUCUCAACUGUUGCUGAAUGAGGUCUCUUUCUUUGCCCUAAAUGAACAAGUACCAAUGUCCUCAUUUUGCAUACAGCAGAGAAAAGGUACUGGGUUCUCUACCACACACCCAAGAAAUAAAACUCCUUAUUAGUCUAUCAAAGCACUCUAGAAAUGCCUAAGUUUUUUGUGGACGUAGUUGUCUCUAAUUAAAGUUUUUCCCUUCGGCUUCUCACCUUCAGUCUCUGUGUAAAAUUGUUUGAAGAUCUCCUUGCCUCAUUUGCUUGAACUAGUUGUAAGGUGUGUAUUUAAAAAAAAAAAAAAAGCUAAAGGGAUGGUACAGCAAUGGGAAGGCCUACUCUGGGAGAACUGGGCAUUGUAGCCAUCUUAGCUGAAGUCUGGCUCUUUGAUAUCUGACUCAAAGCAAUUAACUCAGGAUGUGGGAGGCAGCUCCUAAUCAGGCUUUGUUUAAAUGUCUGCUUUGAUACAGCUGGAACAUCAGCGAUGUUGAUCAUUCUCUUUGGGUUUAUGGUGUCCAUGUAAGCACCGGUUUCACAGCUGUUCAGUAUCAAAUCUGGAACAUAACCUCUUGUACUUGUUAAUUCUGUUUUUUUUGGUCUGUGUUCUCCAUGUAUAAUGUAGACGUACAUGUUAUCCUACAGCAACAAGGAACAGAUGAAUUCAGUCCCAUAGAAGACUCCAUUUAAAAAGUAACUGUUUAGGCAAAUUCUGGAUUCAUGCCUUAAAGACAUGGUACUGUAUGUAGAUUUAACCUUUGAUUUUCAGGAAGACUUUAAAAGAAAUUAAGGUGUGUAAUACCUUCAUUAUGACAGUUCUUGACUUUGAGGUUUCUGUUUUAGUUUCAUUCCUGUUUAGAACGAUACAUGAAUUUAAAGCUAGUGCAGAGAUGUGCUUCUGUUAAGUUUGUAAAUUUGCUUUGAGUGUCCUUCGCAUGCAGGAAUAGACAAGUAGUCAUAUAUUAAAGAGAACAACUAGGAAA